AUGACAGUUGAAAACCAAAAGACAAUUACGCACAACUACAUUGAUAUUCCUAUUAUCGAUAUUUUUGUCGAAUUUGUUGAAAACAACUCCAAUUAUGAAAACAGCGUGAAAUCAAUGCUAUCUGGGAUCCUCACUUAUUAUUUCCCUGCUAACAUGGGCUAUGUCGUUGGUCCUAAACCAAACCGAAACAACAAACAUUUUCAUUUUCUCAUCUCUCGCCUCCAGCGCCACUUUUCAGGGGAUCAGGGCAUCUUCGACUUCGCGUUGGUUAAAGCAAAGCGCCCCACGGAUACCUCAGAAGAGUCAUUGGAGCAGCUGACAGAGGCACUUGAGGAUUCCAACACCGAACAUGGCCGAUUCUGGGCAAUUUUAGCUGUCGACAAGCACCUUGAAUUCUAUGAAUACUACAGAGACCUUCCUAAGAACGAGAAUCUACUGCCCUGGUGUCCGCCCUGCCAAUUUACCAACAGCUUCCACAUCCGUCAUAACUGCGAGGUGAUUGAUUGGGUGUUUAAUUAUAUGAGACAAAAUGGCGUGGCUUCGGCACGAUGA